AAGUGGUGUUCUAAAGGUUGGAUGUGUCUUCCGCUAAGGGGAAACUCUGUCGAAAUUUCGUGGACGCCGAUACUUGUGAAAAUAUCGAGGGAGCUGAGUGUGGACAGCAAAGGGGAGCUGAAACUCGUCAUUUCUCAAGGAGAAGAUGAAUGAGAGAGGAGGAGAUGCUAAUGGGAGAGGAGCUGUACCUGAAAAGACAACAAGAUCAAUGGACACCUGAGUGGCUAAGGCAGCAGAUUCUGCAGGAGGACUUCCGCAGACGCCAUGUGGGAGGUGGUGCUUCCACUAAGACUGCUGAGGGGUAUGGAGCUGCAGGGCGCGGCAGAGGAAGAGGGGGUUGGAGAGGCCGAGGCCGUGGGAGGAGCUUUGGCAGAGGUAGUGGCCGAGGUGACUAUAAUGAGGGGCAUGGGAGCUCUAGUGGCAAGGGGAGUACCAGAAUGGAGGGCACCUGCUGGUACUGCAAGAAGGUCGGGCAUCCUUGGUUUAAGUGCUUCAGCAGGCCGGAGGGAUGGGCACCUCCAGGCAUGAAGCCGCCCAGUGGUGAACGCGCACAAGGUGGCGCUGUGCAAGGCUCAGGUUUGUCUGCUAACCUUCUCUCUGUGCGACGACUGCAGAAGAGCAAGGCCGAAGUGACCUUUGGACGAACCAGCUGCCGUGCUAAGCUUGGGAAGAAGAUUGAGGAAGAUGAGAUCGCUCACUGCUACUGGGCACCAAUCCCUGAGCCCAAGACUCGAGAGGAGGCUUUGAAUGGACCAAAUGGGGAGAAGUGGAAGGCGAGUGAGGAUGAGGAGUUCGGGUCCCUAAUUGAGAACGAGACAUGGGACCUGUGUGACUUGCCUCCUGGAAAGAAGGCAAUCACUUCCAAGAUGAUCUACAGGCACAAGUAUGGACCUGAAGGGGAGCUGAUCCGCUACAAGUCUAGGCUUGUGGCACGGGGGUUUCAGCAGACAAAGGGGAAGGACUAUGAUGAGGUGUUUGCUCCUGUGGGGAAAGGAACAACACUGAGGGUGCUGUUGGCGAUAGCUGCACUCCUGGGAUGGAAGAUUCGGCAGAUGCAUAUUGUGACUGCCUUUCUGAAUGGGAUCAUUAUGGAGGAGGUGUACAUGAAGCAGCCAGAGGGGCUGGAUGACGGGAGCGGCAGGGUCUGCAGGCUGAAGAAGGCCAUCUAUGGCCUUAAGCAGGCGCCUCGUGCAUGGUAUCACAAGUUGGAGGAGGCGCUGCUGGCUGGGGGUUUUAAGAAGAGUGAGUGUGACCCCAGCCUGUUCCUGCUGCAGGAGAAGGAUGAAAUCCUCAUGCUCCUGGUGUACGUGAAUGAUAUCCUUCUCUUCUCUGCAUCAACUGCUUUGCUGGACAGCGCAGAGCAGAUGCUGGAGAUGCAGUUCAAGUGCUCCAAGAUGGGUGAGGUGAAGUACUACUUGGGGAUGCAUGUGGAGAGAGAUGUGGAAAAGGGUGUGCUGAGGUUGCACCAAAGGAAGUACUGUGAGGGGCUGGCUGAGAAGUAUGGGCUGCAAGAUGGGGGAAAGCCAGCAACACCACUACCUUUAGGGUUUACUGUGGAGCCAUGUGCUGAUGAGGAGGUAGUGGUGAAAGCGGAUGGCACCAGCAUUGGGGGUUAUGUGUGCUUGCUAGGAGGUGGUGCUGUGAGCUGGCGCAGCAAGAAGCAGAAUGAGGUGGGAUUGUCCUCAUGUGAGACUGAGUACAUGGCCUUACACCAUUGGGUCAAGGAAGUGGUGUGGCUGAGGCGCUUGUUGGAGGAGUUGGGAGUUGGUCAGGAGGAGCCGACAGUUGUGUUCUGUAACAAUGAGUCUGCAGUGAAGCUAGCCAAGAAUGCUUGUCUGCAUGGGCUAACAAAAGACAUAAGGCCUAAGUGGCAUUGGGUGAGGAGACUCCUUGAUAAGGAGGUGCGGCUAGAGAUAGUGAAGACCCAUCAGCAGGCAGCAGAUAUUUUCACUAAGCGUCUGGCGGAGGCGGAUCAUUGGAAGGGCAUGAAGCUUGCUGGGAUGAGUGUGCAUUGAGUAUGCAUGCUUGAGAUGUUGGUAUGGUGGAUGAUGGUUGGCAGCCAGAGAGGGAGAUUGUUGUGUGAUGUCAUCAUAUG